CCCCCCCUCAGGGCAUGGCCUACCUGCACUCCCUGCACUACAUCCACCGGGACCUGGCAGCCCGCAAUGUGCUGCUGGAAAGCGACCGCCGUGUCAAGAUCGGCGACUUCGGCCUGGCCAAAGCGCUGCCCCACGGCUGCGAUUAUUACCGCGUGCGCGACGACGGCGACAGCCCCGUCUUCUGGUUCGCCAUGGAGUGCCUCAAGGAGUGCAAGUUCUCCUUUGCAUCAGACGUCUGGUCCUUUGGAGUGACGCUCUACGAGCUGCUGACCCACUGCCACCCCGCGCUCAGCCCCCCAGCGGUGGGUCCGGGAUGGGGGGGGUUCCCCAACCCCCCCGGCGUCGCCAUUUUCCUGCACAGGGAGGGGGAUGGGGGUGGGGAGGAGCAAUGGUGGAGUGAUGGGAGCAGAGCGCCGAGCGCUGAGGAGAUCUGCGUGGAGUUGGCACGGCGCCUCGGCAUCUCCCCCCGCUGCGCGGCGCUGUUCGCGCUGUACGAUGCACCUUCCAGGACCUGGCUGCCACCCAACCACCGCUUCGGUGCCAUGGAGGACCGUGACCGCCGCCUGCACUUCCGCAUCCGGUUCUACUUCCGGAACUGGCAUGGCAUGAACGAGGCGGAGCCGGCCGUCUUCCGCCAUGCGCCGCGGCACAACGAGGGCACCGGAGAGAAACCGCGCGGCACAGCCGUGCUCGACAGGGCAUCCUUCCAGUAUCUGUUUGAGCAGGGAAAAUUCGACUUCAUUAACGAUGCAGCAUCAUUAACGGACUUCCAGUCGGAGCAGGAAGUGCAGCGCUUCAAAAAUGAGAGCCUGGGCAUGGCCGUGCUGCACCUCUGCCACAUCGCCCUCCGCGGCGGCCGCUGCCUCGAGGAGGUGGCACGGAAAUACAGCUUCAAGGCAUGCAUCCCGCGCUCCUUCCGGCUCCAGAUCCAGCAGAGCAGCGCCGUGACGCGGCUCCGAAUGAAGAACGUCUUCCGGAAGUUCGUGCGGCGCUUCCAGCGGCACACAGUGGGCGCGGGGACGCUGACGGAAGAGGACGUCAUGUUCAAAUAUUUGGCCACUUUGGAGCUGCUGGCCCCCCGCUUCGGCACCGAGCGCUUCGCCGUGCUCUCCUUGGACGUCUCCAACGAAGGGGAGAAGGCGCAGCCCUGCGGCAAUGGGGGGCACGAGAUGGCGGAGCGCGGGGACGCGGCGGCCCCAGGGGACUCUUCGGUCAGCCAUGAGGUUCUGGUCAGCGGUACCACUGGGAUCCAGUGGCGGCCCGUGCCCAGCGAGAGCGUUGAGGUCAUCUCCCACCGCGGAUAUUUCGGGCGGAGGAGCAGACGGAAGGAUCCGGAACCCCCGGCACCGCCGGAGCCCCCAUGGGUGCACUUCUGUGACUUCCAAGAGAUCACCCACAUCGUCGUCCAGGACUGCAGGGUCUGCGUCCACCGGCAGGACAACAAGUGCAUGGAGGUUCUCCUCCCAUCCCACCCGAGCGCUCUCUCCUUCAUCUCACUGCUGGACGGAUACUUCCGACUGACGGCCGACUCCAACCACUACCUGUGCCACGAUGUGGCCCCACCGCGCCUCGUCAUGAGCAUCCUCAACGGCAUCCACGGCCCCAUGCAGGAGGAGUUUGUCUUCGCCAAACUGCGUCAGGAGGAGCACGAGGAGGGGCUCUACGUCCUCCGCUGGAGCGUCCUCGACUUCGAUAGGGUGAUUCUGGCCGUGGCAAAGAGGGACCACCAGGAGGACCCCGCUGUGCCGGGAGGCCUCCAGUUCCGCCAGUUCCGCAUCCAGAAGAAGGGCAGCUCCUUCGUGCUGGAGGGCUGGGAGCGUGAAUUCCCCACCGUGCGGGCGCUGCUGGACGCCCUCCAGGGCUGCACGCUGCGCUCCGGCGAAGACAGCUUCACGGUGAAGCGGUGCUGCCUGCCCAAACCGGGAGAGAUCUCGGAUCUGCUGAUCACCACGCAGAAGGUGAAGGACAACGCGAAGCGGAUCCUCAACCUGACCCAGCUCAGCUUCCACCAGAUCCGCAAGGACGAGAUCACUCAGCGAGCCCACCUGGGCCAGGGCACCCGCACCAACAUCUACGACGGCGUCCUGAACGUCCGCGGCGCCGCCGGGCCCGACGAGGCCGAAUACUUCUCCACCGAACAGAACAACAACAGCGACGGCCGCGAGAUGCACGUGGUGCUCAAAGUGUUGGACCCCACCCACCGUGACAUCGCCCUGGCGUUUUUCGAGACAGCCAGCUUGAUGAGCCAAGUGUCGCACGUCCACCUGGCCUUCGUGCACGGCGUCUGCGUGCGGGGAUCCGAGAAUAUCAUGGUGGAGGAGUUUGUGGAGCACGGCCCUCUGGACGUCCUCCUGCGGAAGGAGAAGGGCAGAGUCCCCGUGGGGUGGAAGAUCACAGUGGCCAAGCAGCUGGCCAGCGCCCUGAGCUACCUGGAGGACAAGAGCCUGGUGCACGGCAACGUGUGUGCCAAGAACGUCCUGCUGGCGCGGACGGGGUUGGGUGAUGGCACGCAGCCCUUCGUCAAGCUCAGCGACCCCGGGGUCAGCUUCACCGCGCUGACCCGAGAAGAACGGGUGGAUCGGAUCCCAUGGAUCGCCCCAGAAUGCAUUCAGGACGUGGGGAACCUCCACCCGGCCGCCGACAAGUGGAGCUUCGGCACCACACUGCUGGAGAUCUGCUUCGACGCCGACGUCCCCCUGAAGGAGCGUACCCCGGCCGAGAAAGAGCGUUUCUAUGAGAAAAAGCACCGCCUGCCUGAGCCGUCCUGCCAGGACCUGGCUGCCCUCAUCCAGCAAUGCCUGAGCUACGCGCCCGCCGAGCGACCGUCCUUCCGUACCGUCCUGCGGGACCUGACCCAGCUGCAGCCCCACAGCCUCAUGGACGUCUCCUCCGUCAACCCUGACCUGACUGUGUCCGACCCCACCGUCUUCCAGAAGCGUUACCUGAAAAAGAUCCGCGAGCUGGGGGAGGGUCACUUUGGCAAGGUGGGCCUCUACUGCUACGACCCCACCAACGACGGGACGGGUGAGAUGGUGGCUGUGAAGUCCCUGAAGGCCGGCUGCAGCCCACAGCUGUUGGCCAGCUGGAAGAAGGAGAUCGCCAUCCUGAAGACCCUCUACCACGAGAACAUCGUCAAAUACAAGGGCUGCUGCAGCGAGCAGGGUAUGGUGGGAACACCAUGGGGCCGCCCCCAACAACAGCUUGGGGGUGCUGAGAAGGGAAUUUGGGGGGUUUCUAUGGUUGAGUUUUGGGAUGUCUCACAGAACAUUGUUGGGGUUGGGUUUGGGUCACUUCUCAUGGCUGGGGUCGUGGUUGGAGGUCUUGUUUGAGGUUUGGGAUCUCUGUCGUGUUUGGAGGUCCCGGUUGGGGUUUUGGAUGCCUCUUGGGGUUGGGAUUGGGGUUGGGUUUGGGUCACCUCUCGUGGUUAGGGUUGAGGUUGGGAUCAUGAUUGGGGUUUGGAGCACAUCUUGUGGUUGGGGUCAUGGUUGGGAUUUGGGUCAUCUCUCCUGAUUGGGGGCAUGGUUGAGGUUUGGGGUCACUCUGUUGGAUGCUCCAAAUGCAAUUUGGGGGAUUUCCCCUUCCUGGUUGGGCUUUGGGUCACUUCUCAUGUUCGGGGGUUGUGUUUUGGGGCAUUGGACCCCA